AUGGAAGGAGCCGAUCGUGCGUACGCAUCCACGUUCAGGCAAAGAAUGGAUGAUAUUCUGCAUACAAACGUCGAGUCAGCACACGAUGGAAGCACCCCACGCGCCUCACAGUGCAAUUUGCCAGAACCUGCACUAGGACCGCAGGAUUCUGCAUCGCAAGUUGGAGGACCAGCGUCCCCAACCCCAUCACUCUUACCCGCCUAUGUUCCCCCCAUCUGGGAAUUCGACGGACACCAGUUCGAGCAUCUAGAAGAUGCGCUCAGACAGUCCACUCCCGGAGAAGUCCCGGACCACAUCCGCGAAUGGGUUAUUGUGGCAAUGAAGCUCACGGUCAGUACCGAAGUUGCCAAGGUCUACAAUGUGCUCGGAAACAAGAUGUACGAGCACAAGAAAGCCUUCGAGUCGCUGAUCCAAAACAACAAAAGCGAACACCGACUCAAGGAAGGAAUGCUCCAGACGGAGAUCGGAAAACUCAAGGAUAGGAUCCUCGCGCAAGAUGCGCAUAUGACAGUUUUGAACGAUGAGCUCACGGGAACCCAGGCGGCAAUGCUCGAUACAGGCAAAGAAAUGAUGGAAAUCAAGGCAGCUAACGUCAAGCUGCGACAUGAGCUAGCUUCGCUCAAAGCAAGCGGCGUCACUGUGACACAAGGUCAAAUGUCCGGCACGGUCCAAUCGCACAAACCCCGCAUCAAAAUUGCUGAGCCUCCACACUACUCGGGCAAAGGAAGUCUGGAGGAUUGGCUCCAACAACUCGGUAUAUGGAUGCGGUGGAAUGAGAUCAAUGACGACGAGCACAAGAUCACCACGGCCCUGCUGCAUUUGGAAGGUGGGGCGUUCACAUACAUGUCUGAAUAUGCGACCAGAGCAGCAGCACGGCAGACACUUGGCACAUGGGAAGACUUUGUCAACAUUCUCAAAGUGAACUACAGAACCCUCGACCCGGACAAGGAUGCACAGCAGCAUCUGAAGGAUAUCUGUGGCAAGACAUAUCCCACGAUGGUAUCCUUUGCAGAACAGUUCCGCCAAUGGGCCACUAAGACCAACUUAGGGCACACUGCACUCAUCGGUUACAUCGCUGAACACCGAAGCAAGGACAAUAUCUCGACCUAUGCCUUCAAUUAG